GUGUCACCGAAGCGGUGGCCGACAGUCGGCCUGGUUCCUCUCUCCGGAGCGGUUGCAAGGGCAUGGAUCAUCGAUUAGCUCUGUUCCACUUAGUGCUCCUUUUCUUAGUCACUUGUCAGGUGUCACCAUCCCCAAAAAAUCAACAACUCGAAGAUUAUCGUAAUUCAGCUGACAAAUGGUUAUCAAAAGUUAACCAAAAGCUCGAGAAAGCGGCAAAUAGGCAUGCGACUUUAUCGUGGCAAAUUCACACCAACAGAACGACAUUAGCCGUUAAAGAAUUGAGUAGAGAAGAGCGAUCCCGAUCGAAAUUCAAUGCCAAAUUAUGUGAGGAACGGAAGAGAUGGGCUGUAGGACUAUUAAGUCGAAGACAACAGAGAAUGAUGGCUCGAUUAUGCCAUGGAACACGAUUAAAUGAAGAACAAACUAAAAUGUUGGUAGAAACUUCGUCACGAUUGCAAGCAAUCUAUUCCGAAGCAGUCGUCAACGUGGCCGGUUACAAUUACACUGGCGAAAGUGAGAUUAAAGACGUCAUGGCCAAAACCCGAGAUUAUUCCACUUUACUUGAAGCUUGGUCCGGUUGGCGAAAUGCUGUUGGGCCGCCAUCUAAGCAAUUAUUUAGUCGCAUGAUUGAAAUCAACAACUUGGGGGUCCAAUCAGCAGGUUUUCACGAUACAAGUGAAACAUGGAAGAAUGAACUGGGAAUCAGUAACUUGGAAAAAAUUGUGGAUGAUCUAUAUGCAACAAUUCAACCUUUAUACGUUCAGCUGCAUGCAUUUGUUAGAGGUCGCUUGGCUGCCAUCGACAAAACAGGAGUGGUUCAUUCAGAUCGUCCUUUGCCCGCUCAUGUUUUAGGAAAUAUGUGGGCGCAAAACUGGGAACCGAUUUUACCACAGUUGCUACCAACCGCAGCGCUUUCGGGAGGGGAAGAUGCCACACAAGUUUUGCGCAGGCGCUAUUCAUCAUUCAACCAACUGGUGGAAGUGGCGCAAGAUUUUUUCCUAUCGUUAGGCUUUCAACCACUUCCGCCCACUUUUUGGACUCGCUCGCAGUUUGUUCGACCUAAUGAUGGUCGGAAACCAGUUUGUCACGGUUCCGCCACGGAUUUCUACUCUCAGGAAGACGUUAGACUUUUGAUGUGCGGGAAAAUUAACGAAGAUGAUUUCUACACCCUUCAUCAUGAAAUGGGCCAUUUAUAUUACUUUUUAACUUAUAGCCAUCAGCCAUUUCUCUUUCGUUCUGGGGCUAGCUCUGCUUUCCACGAAGCAAUUGGGGACACUAUUAUUUACGCAGCAAUGGCGACAAAGCAUCGUCAUAGGCUUGGAUUUGUGAGUACAGGCAACAAAACUAACCCCAAAGAUCUAGAUAUUAUCAAUCUUCUGCGGCAAGCUUUAGUGAAAAUACCAAUAUUACCAUUUAGUUUAGCCUUGGAAAAAUGGCGUUGGGGUGUCAUGGCAGGUCAAAUAAAACCAAAUCAAUAUAAUCAAGCUUGGUGGAAUCUUAAACUUAAAUAUCAAGGAAUAGUUCCUCCGAUCGAGCGCUCCGAAAAAGAUUUUGAUCCCGCAAGCAAAUUUCACAUAAUUAGUAACACCCCUUACAUAAGGUAUUUUCUGAGUAGCGUCCUUCAAGUGCAAAUUUUCCAAGCUCUGUGUGAAGCCAGUGGUCAAGGACCUCGUUUUGGAAAGCCACUCAACCAAUGCGACAUUUAUGGAUCGAUCGAAGCCGGCAACCGCCUCAGAGAGAUGAUGUCGUUGGGUAGUAGUCAUCCCUGGAAUGUGGCACUCAAAGUCCUUACCCUCGAAGAAAAUCCAAAAAUUGAUGCGCAACCGUUGAUGGACUACUACCAACCACUGCACGAGUGGUUGGUGAUUGAAAAUCGUAGAUUAAAUUACACAAUCGGAUUUGAUUAAGCAUUUUCAUUUCCAAAUAAUGAUCUAAAUAUUUGUGUUUUGAUGUCAAAAUCACUUCGAUUAGUCCGUAUAGGUUGCAACAAUGAAUGCGUUACACAUUACCGGUGAUCGUCUUCUAAAAUACACACAAGUUCAUCAAUGUCA